AUGGAUAAACAUUCAACAAUAUAGGAAUUUUGUAAAAUUCACAAAAAUAAAUAAAUAAUCUAUCUCAAAAUUGACCACUAAAAAGCUUGCCUUAUCCCAAUGUGCUCUACUUGCGUAUUUUUAAAUAGGUCUCUGGAUAAUUUAUUGGAGAUUGAAGAUAUUUUGUCAAAUUAGAAAACUAUUCUUAAUUGGCCACCAUUAAAAAAUCCUCAAAUGCUAAAUGAUGUCUUAGAAGAGAUUAAAAUAAGAGAUAUAGAAUCGAGUAUAUCAGAAAUUUAGGAAUAAAUUAAUAUUAUGAGAGAAUAGAUGAGUUAAAGAAUUCAUUUGCUUGAGAAAUCUCUAAUUUAAAGAAUGAGUGAGAAUCAUGAUAUAAUUCUAAAUACUUAUUCAAAAAUCUCUUAAUGCUAAAGCUUAUGUACCCUUGUUGCUUCUUAUUCUGGAAAUCUCAAUCAAAUCUCCUCCUCUCAAGAUAUCAAGUCUAUGCUUGAAUCAUUAUUUGAAAAAUAAGAAUAAAAUGAAGAAGAAUUAUAAAAAAUUUUCGAAAACUCUAAAACUAAUAGCAUAGUAAAGGAACAAAUUCGAGGCUUUAGCUAAAAAAUGAAUGAAUUCUUUGAUUUAUUUAGUAUUACUAAUAAUAAUCCAGAAAAAACUCAAAAUAUUGAAAACUAAGGAAAAAAAGGAGGAGAAUUUUAGAUAACACCUAGUAUUCAAGAAUCCAUAGAUAAAAAUGAAGAGAAGAUAAAGGAGUUAAAUGAUAAAAAUGCAGAGCUGGAAAAAGAAAAUGCAGAGCUGAAGGUAGAAAAAACAAAGCUGAAGGAAGAAAAAACAGAGCUAUAGAAAGAAAAAACAGAGCUGAAAAAUGAAAAAAAAAACCUGGAGGAAUAAGUUGAAUAAUAUAUAAAGUAAGUAAACAUAUUAAAUGUAAAUAAUGAGAAUUUAGUGAGUCUUUCGAAUAAAAGUAAAUAUUAUCUUAAUGAUCAUUUACUCUAUGUCAGAUUAUAUAGAGGUUUAAACUGGGCUUGUGAUGAAUAAAAAUGUGAAUAAUGUACAAAUAAAAGUUUCUAAUCAGGUUUCUGUAGCUUGCGAUGUGAUGAUAGUGACUAUGACUGUUGCUUAUCAUGUGCUCUCGAAAUAGGUUUUUCUAUUUAGCCACAAGAUUAAUAAGAUAAUUCAAGUGAAGAUAGUGGCGAAAUUAAUGAUUCUGAAUUAGAAUUAAAAAAUUUAUAAGUAAAUUAUAAAAACUUGACUCUUCUUAUGAAAGAUUACCUCUAUGAUUUAGAUUCUCAUGAGUGUUAUCUGACAUUUAAGAGAGAAUCAAAAACAAUGACUUGGAAAUGUGAUGUAAUGAACGAUGAAUGUACUAAUUAAGAGUUUACAAAAGUUUAUGAUGGAUUUGUUUGUGAAGAGUGUGGAUAUGACUGCUGUUUACCAUGUGCUCGUAAAAAUGGUAUUAAGCAUAAAUAGGAGUUAAACAAUAGAAAUUCAGAGCUGGAAUAAGAAAAAAAUGAGCUACCAGAACAUUAAUAAGAUAGUUCAAGUGAAGAUAGUGAUGGCUUCAGACGUGUAAGACCGAAUCAAAAACAAUGA